AUGAAUUUGAUAACGACGAACGUAGAGAACUUUGUAUCGGAGACUUAUCACGAUUUAUUACAAUUCAUUAAUUACGAAGAACAAGGCAAAUCGUUGAGCGAACUUCGACUCAACGAUGGCAAACCGGUACCGGAAGAAAUGAAUUCUUACAUCGUUUUAUUGUGCAUAUACUUGAACACGACAUGGGCGAGAUGUAGCGGGAGUUUAAUCAGCGAAAAUUUCGUACUCACGGCGGGUCACUGCACGAAUUCCGACGGUUCGAACGUCAUCGUGGCACACGGCAAAGAAAAUCUACAGGAAUACGUCGGUGUAAGAUCUACAAGUCCGAUCGAUGAAUAUGUUGGAGAAGAAUUCAACGUGGAAGAAAGAAGAGUUAAGCAAGUUUACUUUUAUCCUAAUCAAACGCGUAAAAAAUACGAUUUGGCUUUGAUGAAACUCGAAAAUCCGUUCAAAGUAAACGUUUCGUUUUUAGAUGUUGCAACGAAAAAAGUUCACAUAUUGAAAAAUUGCAUGUCGAUCGGUUAUGGCAUAAGCGAAAUACCCAAACAACAAUUGACCCUCGGGUAUAUAGUUAACGAACCUUUGACUCUCACGGCUCCAUCGUUUAAAUUAAAAGACGAAAGAUUUUGCAUAAUACGUUCGAAAAGAUUAUCGAGCAUAUGUCCAGGAGAUUCCGGAAGUCCACUAAUAUGUGAUAAAAAAAUAUGGGGGGUUACGGCUUACGGCGACGAAAAAAAUUGUAAAAAUAAUUUAUUGUUUUGUUAUUAUCCCCUUUUCAGAGCGAAAAAAUGGUUGAGCAGUUAUGGUUUAAAUCAAAUUCGUUACGUAGCCACUCCUAAAUAA